UGAAAUGUGAAACGCUUCCUUCCGGAAGGGGUACGCAUGCGUAGUGGAUCGAAACGGGACACAAGUGGCGAGGAAACAUGGCGGAACCUGAGUGAGUUUUCGAGGGGGGAAGAAGUAGAUCGGGGGAGAAUCCAUGUCCAUCCUCGGGGAGGGCUUGGGCGUCUGCUUUGUUUGUUGGAUGGAGGCAUAGUCAGAGGCCUGUAAGAACAAUAGAUAGGGGUCACAGUGCUUUGUACUGGAUCAGCGGAGGGAGAUAGUACGAUAUGGAAAACAACCGCUUCUAGGAGUCUGUGUGUAUGUUUACUAGAACGAAUUAAGUCCUUGAAUAGGACCCAUUUGUGCAACGCGUUAUGUAUAUGAAUGUGUGAAAAUCGCUUUCCAUUAGAUCUGUUUUUGUGUUCUGUCUGAUCCGUUCAAACUCGUGUGUUUUAGACCACCAAAGAAGAUUCCCCGGGUGCCAGAAAAUCUACUGAAAAAAAGAAAGGCAUAUCAAGCAAUCAAAGCCACCCAAGCAAAGCAGGCGCUGUUGGACAAAAGAAAGGUAGGGGAGGCAUAUUGUAGGUCAGGACAUUGUACGCUCCCCUGAUCAGCUCAGGCAGGAAUUCCCUUGAUCAGGCCAGCUGUAAUAAAUGUUAGAGAAAUGAUGCAUGUAAUGUAAAAUCAGGUUUCAGUUAAAAUCCUUGGGAAAAGAGAAGUGGUAGAAAUCAAGGGUGUAUAUCUUUUUGCUUUAGAAGGAUGUAGUCUUGCUUACUUGGAUUUGUAGGAAACAUUAUUACCCUUUUCACCUCUCCAGUAUUGUAAGAAUAGGUACUCCCUCACAACGUAUUCUUAGAAUGACUUUUUCUGUCCUUUCUUUAUCAAACCUUUUUCUUGAAGUUCCUCUGUAUGACUCUGUAACCAAGACUUGCUUGAACUCUUUUGUGACUGAAUCAAACUAGGAUGCUAUCUCUGAUAUAAAGUUCCAAAUUCUAUCACAUCCCAUCUACUUUUCCAUGGUAACUUGCCUGCCCCAAUUGUAGAUUAAGUUCCUUAAACUGAAAUCCAGCCCUUUUUCUAAAAGGAAAAAGAAAUAACCACAUAAGUAUUUCAGUUCAGAUAGCAGAAAUAAGGUUAGGUUAAAUUAAGAUAAUCUGUUGCUAUACCGUUUCCAACAAAUUUGGGGUUAAACAUCGCCCUGUAACUUAUUGUAUUGAUACAAUUGAAAAUGCUCAGUUUUCCAAUAAAUUAUUUGACCUUUAUAUUAUCAGUCACUCAGGUGUGCUUGCUCCCAUAUUCUUAUGCUGUCAUCCAGGAAGGGAGUAAGUGUUUUUUCCAGUUAUAACAGUAGGCCACAUGUUAGCCAGGUAUAUUAUGUGUUUUGCGGCUGCUAAUAAAACACAUUAUGAAUAAAUGUAUUGGAAGUUCAUAUCCUGUUAUUACUUCAUUACAUUUAUAACAGUUUCCCUGUAUUUUAGGGCAUAACCCCAAAGAUACAAAACUGUGAUACUCUUCAUUGCUGUACAACAGCUGGCAUGUCAUUGUACUGAACAUUUUGUACUGAAAAAACAUGCUGAGCAUGUUGACCAUUAUGUACUAAACUGAGUAGCAUGCAAAUAGUGACUUAAAGGCAUGUCUUUUAAAAUUUAAUUUCCUUAUUGUAGCAUCAGAAAGGAAAACAAAUCAGAUUCAAACGUCUUGAGACAUUUUUGCGGGAUUCUCAUCGGAAACACAGAGAUGAUGUCCGUUUGAGGCGCAUGGAACAUAAGCCCCGGCUGCUGCUAAUGCCUGAGGGACACAAACUGGCUUUUGCAGUAAGGAUUGCAGAGUAAGCAUCUGUUUGUCAUAUUUAACUUAGUUUUCCAGCAAUCUUCUGGUUUCCACUGCUUUGCUCAUUCUAGUUUUCCGAUUUGUGCAGAUUAUGUGGAUUGUUUUUUUAAAAAAAUAAGUUACCGUCCAUGGACAUGUUUGCAGAAGAGUGAAUUGGUGGUAUUGAUGAAUUAUGACAGAACAAAAAACCUUCUUGAACUGAACACUGAAUAAAAGCAAUAACAGCAAACCUUGGCUUCCUGCUUUUGGUUUGUUUGAGUGAAGCAAACCAUGAGCAUUGGUUUGGACAUUGUGCUAAGCCCAAGGGUAGGGGAUUUGAUCCAACGAUGUGACGGGUUACUGAUGUCCCCCCUCCCACACCCAUAGUGCACUUCAAAAUGUAGGCAGGGGCACCCAUCAGACGUCAUUAUGACACCAGGUGAAGCUUUUUUCCUUUAUAGAAGGGCUUGAUUUCAAUGGACCUUUGGACAACAAAGCACUUCUUGCUUCGACAAUUGGGGCCUGCACUUACUGCUGUCAAAUCCGGUUUGCAGAGAAACAGGCCCCCUAUUGUCCCUUUACAGUUAUGAUUUUACCCACUCCACAACUGAUGGGAAAGGAGUAGCUCUGGCUAGAGAAAAACAGCCUUGUGGGCCAAAUAUGACCUGUGGGCUGGAGGUUCCCUAUGCCUCCGCUAAGCCCAGGGCUCAUAGUUUGUUGCUUCCUGCUGAAGGGAGAAAUGAAACAUCGGGCUGUAGCUUUAGGACACAACUUUCAAGAAAAUGUAAAAAGGUGAUUGUUGAUGCAUAUCUAUAUUUGUUUCUGCUUACUAUGGAGCUUUCUGUCCAAGGGGAGAAUUUGGCUGAUUUCUUCUACUUUGGUUUAGAAUUAAAGGUGUGAGCCUACGCGUGCGGCAUGUCAUACAUAGGCUACGGUUGAGAAAGAUUUACAGUGGCACGUUUGUUAAAUUGUCACCAACAUCUCUGAAAAUGCUGCGUACUGUGGAGCCUUAUGUGGCAUGGGGGUUAGUACAACUUUUAUUUUUGUGUGUGGGAGGGAUGGUUAAAGGCAAUGAAAUGAAUAUAAAAGGCACCAUAACUUCGAAAAAGUUAAGUAGAUUUCUUUUUUGCAUGCUAAUACUGGCAUGUCAGGAAAGAUGAACUGGCAAGUACAAAACUCUCAAUCUAUUUUUCUGUGACCUUUUUGAGGAUGGGGAUGGGAUCUCUCUCUCUCUCUCUCUCUCUCUCUCUCUCUCUCUCUCUGUGUGUGUGUGUGUAUGUGUGUUUUACUGCUGCCUUUGGAAAUGGUACAAUCAUCCAGGGCCUAUUAGCCUGACUUUAAAUGUAGCUAUAUAUACAUUUAAUAUAUUUAGUGUGGGUCUUUUUAUCUGUUGACAUCAAUAGACGUUUUGUAUGAAGGUGGGUUAACAGCAUAAUAUACAUUUGUGCAGGGGGUUAAUUAUGCAACACAGGUUGGGCUCAGAUCAGGCGGCAUUUGCAGUCUGCUUCAAAGAAGAUUUUGUGCAUUUGUCUUCUGAAAACAAUUUAGGCAUGAAUCUGCUGCAAUAAUCCACUUCGUAACUGAACUAUAAAAUAGGCUGUUAAUACAACAAAACUUUGAUUAUAAAAAUACAUGCCACAAUGCAUUCUGUCUUGGAGCAGUAGUUUGCACAAAUCUUGACUAGUUCUAUACCUUGAGUCCCAUUGAGAAGAGGUAUGUUCUAAGGAUGGCGGGAGUAUUAAAAACAAGUAGGAAACUGUUACAUACUGUGCUUUAAAAUGACUAGUGUUGUGGCCAUUCUAUAGGACCUAAAUAGCAGUUACUUACCAAAUAAGUUGCCAUUUUGGAAGGAUCUUGUAGUUUUUGAAAAAUUCUCCAGCAGCAUCACCACUAAUUUUGUUUACACAGUUAUCCGAACCUGAAAUCUAUUCGAGAGUUGAUCCUGAAACGAGGCCAUGCAAAGGUCAAUAAGAAAAAGCUUGCUUUGACAGACAACAUUCUGAUAGAGGAGCAUUUGGGUAAGAGAUUUUAUGUAGGGGAGGACACUAAGCUUUGGGGCAGCAUGUGCUUUAUUGUGAUCUAGGAAAAGGGUAGUGAAAUGACCAAAGAAAUUGGAUGCUACUGUGUUUCUAAAAUCAUUUCUCCCUCUUAGGAAACUCUGGUAUUAUUUGUUUGGAAGAUCUUAUUCAUGAAAUUUACUCAGCUGGGAAACAUUUUCAUGAAGUCAACAACUUCUUGUGGCCAUUCCACCUGUCAGUAGCUCGCCACGCCGCCCGCAAUAAAGCGGGGUUCCACAAAGAGAUUGGCGAUACUGGAUUUCGAGGUAGUGGAAUCAACAAACUCAUUCGUCAUUUGAACUAGGCUCAGGUGGGUGCUCUAACACCGGCUUUUAUGGAUUUCAAUCACUGCUUAGUUAUAUGUUAAAAAUGGUCUUGGAGUUCCUUAUGAAGAAUGGCCAUAGUUCGAAAAAGUGGACCGCAUCUGCUGUUGGAUUGUGAAAUUAUAGGAAGAUAAGGAAGCCAAAACCAUCAAGUUUCAAUCUCUGAGUAUAAAACCAGAAGAUGGGAGUGAUCUGAAGUUUGACCCCUCAUCAUCUUAAAUUUGCAAGAUUGGGUAGCAGAAAUGGAAAAUACUUUUUCUUGGACCUCCUGUAGAGUAGGUGGUAGAGAUGGAUGAGCUGAUGGUCAGGGCCAGAAUGAGACAAGUUCAUGUGACUUCAUAUUCAGCUGUCCUCAUGUUUGGCAGCUUCUGGUAGAUUCCAGUAAGUUGUAUGCAAAAAACAGAGCAGGACUAAAAGUUUACUCUGCAGUGGAUCAUACUUUAUAAAAAUCCACAUGGUUUGUGUAUAUUAUGUCAUAUGCUUCAGAGAAAGGUGGAGAAAAUUCCUGUCAGUAGUAAUAGUAAUAGUUUAGGUUCUUACAUACUAUGAAAACAUAACUAACUGGCAAUUCAUAAACCCAAUUCAUUUAAAGAGCAGUUAAUUCCAAGCACCAUCUUAAGUUCUCAGUGUUUUGAGGUGUUUUUUUUUAAAACUGUUCAGGAUUCCAUCUCCAGUUACACUGCAUGUUUGUCUGCUAGACAGUAAUGAGUUUAACUCUCAACAGCAACUUCCUUGUAUACUUUUUUUCCAGCUUAGUCAUAAAAAUAACAUUUGCUCUUAAUAUUUUUCCAACAGCUUUCUUCAGUAGGCACUAAACAUAAUUAUAGUGAUUUCUUUUUACUUUUUCUAACAGGUUAUGAACACUAUUAAGGAUGUUCUGGAAGAUAUUUAUUUGUACUCCAUGAUGUACAUUGGCUCUUCAGAGACUCCCGAGUCUGCAACAUGACAUUACUUCUGUUCCUUUCUCUCUGUGUGAUGGUGAAACUACACUUCCAUAGUUGAGUUGAAAGAGAUCCAGGAUGUGAUUUAAAUGUUAUCCUGCGCAUAGAAUAGAAUGGAAAAAGAAUGGAAGAACUCCUAAAAUUCCACUUGCACAGCCCUCUUAAAUUAAUAUAUUGCUUACAAAGACAGCGGGGAUGUUUUGAAACCCAGCACUGCUUUUUGCAUGGAGUUUCAUUUUGAAUACAAAAGUGGGAAAACUUGGCAUUUUUAAGAUGCACACCUGGAGUAGGAAACCUAAUACGAUCUAAACCUGGUGAUCAUCUUCUGCAGGAAUAUCCUGAACAUGUCAGGAUCCUCUUCCCAGAUUGCUUGAAUUGGCUGGCAAGUAGUUGAUGCCUUAAAUUCUCCUGUCAAACCCUUUGGUCAGCCCAUGUCUAAAAUAGCCACUUUGAACGUAGUUCUCGAACUUCUUUUGUAUGUAAAGUCUCGAAUAAAAAGAUUUAUUAAAUUUUUGCUUUGUGGGGCUUGCUUAUAUACCGGACAAAUGCAAGAACUAUUAGCUUUUGAAGCUUAAAAGCUAUUGACUGAAAAGAUGAGCAGUUGUUCCUGUUGGAAGUAUUUGGAGCUGGCUUCUGAGAGAAUUCCCCCCUCUUCCCAUUGAUGGGCACAUUUUCUUCAGGGUAUUAAGGGUUACAGCAAAAGGUGAGCCAUGUCCACGCCAGUUCAUACACUUCUCACCAUGACAACUAUCUCCCCUUGUGCACCCUCCUGGCAUAAAUAAACUUGGAAAAAAGACAAUUUUUUCAUUAGCCAUUAGUAGAGCUGCAGAGGGAAACAUUAAGCUAGAGACAAUUUGUCAGGAUGGCAGUACAGUCGUACCUUGGUUGUCGAAUGCCUUGUGAGGUGAACGUUUUGGCUUCUGAAUGCCGCAAACCUGGGAGUGUUCCGGUUUGCAAACAUUCUUUGGAAUGUGAAUGUCUGUUGCUGCUUCUGAUUGAGUGCAGGAAGCUCUUGCAGCCAAUCGGAAGCCACGCCUUCGUUUUCGAAAGUUGAACGGAUUCAGUUCGAGAACCAAGGUAUUGCUGUGUAUAUAUAGAUGCCAAUAUUCUAGUGAAAACGCUCCACAGCAAUUAAAAUCAGUAGGAAAAACUUCUAAUGGUGCCAAUCCUAGGUGUCUUAAGCCUAACAGCUAUGUGCAGGGCUGUGAGCCAGAUCAAGCUGAUAUUUCCAGUCCCUAAGGUCUUGUAAUAUUUUGCUAACUUUAGCCACAACCACAACAAAGACAAAAUUAAGUAGUUUAUUGGCAGUAGACUCACAUUUAAGUAAAUAUAGGCAGUUAUACAGGACACUUAUGAUACAAAGACCAGUUAAAGUUUUACUUUAUUUUUUUAUCCUACAAAAUACAAUUAAAAACAUUCAGUCCACACUCCUGUAAUAACCAGAAUGAGGAAAUUCAGUCGCAUAUCAAAGAACAGGAUUUCAGUAUUCAUUCUUAGAAAUACAUCCACAGUAUAUUCAAGCUAUGUACAAAGUAUGUUUUCCCUGUUAGUUUUACUGGAAUGCAAAGGAUCUAUGCAGAAUGUAAUUACUAUUUGCUAAAGAAGUUAAGAGGAAGCUUAUGUACAGUCUUAUUUGCACAGUCAGGGGAAGCUGUCCUUUUUGUAGGCCACCAUACUGUUGACUUUGUGUAUUGUAGUUGUGAAGGAACGAAGACGAACUUCUUCAGAGUUAGCAAUGAACUGUGGACCAGACUCUUCCCAUUUUUCCGGAACAGCUAAGUCUUUGUCUGUGAAAAUCAGCAAGUCAAAUGCACCUGCAAGGAAAAACCCAGUGUUACUGGAUUUAUAUUGCGUGCCUAUAUUCUAAAUUCAUUUUUUAGGGUAGAAUAAAAUUGUGUGCUUGUAUUUAAAAUUCAAGCACAUUCAUACUUUUAAUGCUGCAACAAUACAUUAAUUGAAC